AUGGGACAACGUGAUGCAGCAGUUAGGCUGAACAUUUCACAAUCGGUAUUGGGUAGAAUAUUGAAGAAUAGGGACGACAUUGAAUGUGAAGCAUUACAAAAUGAGUCGCAAAGUCGAAAAAGGAAAAGAUGUGGAAAGGAUGAUACUGUUGAACGUGCAUUGAAAGAAUGGUUCGUAAAAGUUAGAAAUAAAGAUGCUCGCGUGUCAGGUCCUUUGCUUCGCCAAAAAGCUGAAGAAUUGGCAGAAAAAUGA